UCCCUGAGUUUUGACAGUUGCGGCCUUCGUCUUUUCACGGAUUUGGGAACCGGGAUGAGUUUCCUAGCCUUGUGGAAUCACAGGCCUUCUUCCCGCAUCGCCCCGCCAGUCCCCGCCGCGUCCUCAGCCCAGCGACGGGCCGAGUGGGCCUAGACGGGCCGGCCGUGGGUCUAGACGGGCGGGCCGGGACAUCUGCAACCAUGGCAUCCGGUGCUUUGGCGAAACCUCCUAUGCGUGGCCUCCUGGCCAAGCGCCUGCGGUUCCAUAUUGUUGGAGCCGUCAUUGUCGCGCUGGGAGCUGCAACUUUCUACAGGUUUGGUGUGGCUGAACAAAGAAAGAAGGCAUAUGCAGAUUUCUACAGAAGUUAUGAUUCCAUGAAAGAUUUUGAAGAGAUGAGGAAAGCUGGUAUCUUUCAGAGUACAAAAUGAUUUCAGAAUGUAAAGAAUUCUUUGGAUGGAGCUUCAUAGAAGUCUGUCACUGAACUGUAAAACACGUUCCUGAACUGUAAAACAUGAAUAUGUGGGGCGUGGGGCUAAUGAAUAGUUUAUCUCAAUAAAUAAUUAACAGUUACUAUGGACAGUAAA